UGGACUCCCUCGAGUGUCAGUCUAGUCCCGACAUGUCCCGGCGUCUUUAUAAGAGCAGCCGCCGCCGGUGCCUCCACUCUUUCUCCUCUCUGCACUUUAACGCUUUGCCACUUGCACACAUGGACGGAACACUGACGGACGGAACACUGACGGCGCACUCCGAUUGUCUUCACGUCAACUGACAAACAACAUGAACACUUCUGAUUACAACAAAGUGGUGCGGCCCAAGGCGGAGUUAGCCACUUUGCUCCAGCUGGCGGGAGCCACCAAAGACGUCCUCACCUUGAGGGAGGUGAUGUUCUACCUGGGCCAGUACAUCAUCCGCAAGCAGCUUUACGACAAGAAGCAGCAGCACAUCGUGCACUGCGCCCAAGACGCGCUCGGCCGCAUACUGGGAGUGGACACCUUCUCUGUCAAGCAGCCUCGGAUUUUGUUUGCGAUGCUUGCCAAGAACUUGGUGAGAGUGAGGAGCCAAGAAUCGGCACAGAGCUUCGGCGAAGCUGCCGGCGGCAGCCAGACGCAGCAACCCGCACAGGAAGCGGCAGCGGGUAGCGGUUCCUCGCCCCCCGACGUACGACGGCGGCGACGGCGGCGUACGAGGAGCUCCAGGAGCAACGACGCCGGUCCCUCCCACGGCUUACAGGGGGACGAUAACGACAACGGGUCCGCGGCGGCCGAGGACGACGGCGCCAAGAGGAGCCGCUCGGACAGCUACUCGCUAACUUUUGAUGACAGCCUGUCCUGGUGUGUGAUUGGUGGACUGGGAAGCGGCCGGGACAGACACAGCAGCCAAUCGUCAGAGAGCAACUCCGCCGGGUCGGACGCGACGGCCGCCGCCGACUCGGACGGCGACAACUUCAGCGUGGAAUUCGAGGUGGAGUCCGUCGACUCGGAUGACUACAGCGAAGACGACGCCGCUCUGUCCGCUGACGAUCAGGAGGUGUACGAGGUCACCAUAUUCGACGAAGACGACGACUCGUUCGACGAAGACACCGAGAUCACCGAAGCCGACUACUGGCGCUGCGACGGGUGCGACGAGUUGAACCCGCCUCUCCCGAGGAACUGCCUGCGCUGCUGGAGUCUGCGCCAGGAUUGGCUGCGCUGCGCUUCCUUGCCCGCCCGGCCGGCGUGCGCCGACGCUCCAGGUUCCGACGGCGAGGACGGCGUGGACGUUCCGGACGGCAAGACGGUCAACGCCUCGUCGGCGCCCGACUCCCAGGAUGCGCUGCCCGCCUCGCGCCCGCCGUCCUCCUGCAGCUCGUCCUCACAGGAGAAGUCGUGGACGACGUGCGACUCGCUGCCAUCGUCCGCCGCCAACUCCCAGGAGCAGCCCGCCGACGCCGUCGUCGUCCCCGAGCUGGAACGCACGUUGUCGGCCGACGCCCGCCUGCCCGACUCGUGCCUCGACCCGUGCCUCAUCUGCCAGUCCCGGCCCAAGAACGGCUGCAUCGUCCACGGCAAGACGGGACACCUGAUGUCCUGCUACGUGUGCGCCCGCAAGCUGAAGAAGCACAACAAGCUGUGCCCCGUGUGCCGGAUGCCCAUCCAGGCCGUCGUCCUCACCUACCUCAGCUGAGAUGUCCCGCGUGCCCGUCUCGCUCGUCGUCUCCACCCUUCCAACAGGCAGAAAGUUCCAGUGCAAUCACACAAUCAGUAGAUUAAUCAACAGUCAAGUGAAUUCAUGUUUUAGUUGUCGCUGCGACUUUCCCCACCAGAGGUCGCUAUUGUGAAAAUUAACGCCCCCCGCCCCCCAAAAAAAAAGUGGUUUCUUGUGCCGAAAGGUGAGCACCAGUUCACAAUGGACAUGUUUAUUUAUUUCAGCACACGCACACUUUGUUGUUUGAAUAACAUGAUUGAAAAGCUUAUUCUAUUGUUGAGAUUUCUUAACGCGCCGAAGUUGAUAAUAAAAGGGUUUUUGCUCA